AUGUGGCGAGUGUCUGAUAAGCUCAAGGCUCUCAGGGCAGCGCGAGCCGCCGGUACUAGUAAAGGUUUGUACGAGGAUGAAGAGCAUGAAGAUAUCUACGACCUGGUGGACGAGGACCAGUACAAGGAGAAGAGACGCGAGGAUUUGUUGAAGGAUGACUUCGUCAUUGACGAUAACGGUGAAGGGUACGUUGAUACCGGUGUUGAUGAGUGGGAUAGUAAGAACAGGCACGCGUACUCUGAUGAAGAGGAUGAAGUUUCGAACCCGAAGAAGAAGAAGAAAGCGGCUCCUGUUGUAAAGAAGAGCGCACAAAUCAACAACUUCUUCAAACAAUCCGCUGUGAUAUCUUUGGGGGCUAAGAAGAAGGCAUCGACCAACUUUGACGAUAUUCUUGAUGAUUUCUCUGCUCCUGCGAAAAAGAAGCAGAUCAAUCAUUUUGGAACAACUUCAAAGACGCCUCUGUUCAACUCAACAAACAAAAUGAACAGUGGUAGAAACUUCUUCAAUGGCAGCAGCAAGAAGUCAUCGUUGAAGAAAAACAAGGCGUAUGAUGAUAGCUUUGAUGACCUUUCUUCUGAUCCUCCAAGUGUGUCCUUUGACCUGGAUUCCUCCCCUACAAAAUCUAAGCGAACAACAACAAUGCCAGAGAUUGAGAUCCCAACAAGACUUGAAGACGUGUCAGAGCCAAAGGAGCAAUUGAUAAAGGAUGACGAUGAGGAUGAUUCUGAGGAUGAAAUUGUUUUCGUAAAGAGACCAAGAACAUCAACGAUGAACGUUAACCGCUCCCAUAACAUGAACGCCACAAAGGCCUCAGAGAUGAAACCAGACACUGAGAGUGAUGUAAAUCUCCCUUCAUCUCCUAAUACAUCCACCAUUUCAUCUUCCAUCGAAAAAGUGGACAAAGAACUUGUCUCUGGCUCUGAUGAUAGUAUGAAAAUGUAUUGGACAGACUAUGCCGAGGUUGACAACACACUUUUGCUUUUUGGUAAGAUACUUACAAAUGAUUCACAAUUCGUCUCUGGUAUGGUUCAAAUCAGAGGUUUCAACAGAGAAUUGUACUUCCUUCCUCGAGAAUAUAGAAGAGUUGAAGGCGAGGAUACCGAAGUCAAAGUAACUGCCAUGGAUGUACAUCAAGAAGUUGCACCACUGAUUAUGGAUAAAUUUGGUCUCAAAUCUCUCAAAGCUAAACCAGAAGUUAAGAAGUAUGCAUUUGAGAUCCCAGGCGUUCCUAAGGAAAAGGAGUACUUGAAGUUGCUUUUACCAUAUCAGCCACCAAAGAACGCAAGAAUCACUCUUCCUCCAGAUCUUGAAGGUGAAACGUUUUCCCACGUCUUUGGAACAAAUGCAAAUAUCUUUGAGUCCUUUGUUCUACAGAGAAAUAUCAUGGGUCCUUGCUGGUUAGAUAUCAAGGGUGCCAAUUUUGACUCGUUGAAGAAUACUUCACACUGUAAACUUGAAGUUUCUGUUGAUAGCCCUUAUUCCAUCACUCCAGUGGAAAAGUCUACACCAAAUUUCGACAUUUCACCACCUCCUUUGACCGUUUGCUCAAUUGCAGUGCAGACUAUGAUGAACCAAAAGGAAAACAAACAAGAAGUUGUAUCUGUUACUUUGGCUACUUUUAAGAAUCUACCACAGGAUGCACCGAUUGACGAGAAUCUCUCCCCAACGGAAUUGAUUACUUUGACCAGACCUAUUGGUAUCUCGUUUCCUCCAGGAUUGAAGACGAUUGCAGAUAAGAAUAAGUUCGCACUGAGAUCCUUUAACAACGAGAAGACAAUGCUUAACUGCCUUACUGCGCUUGUGAAAUUGGCAGAUCCAGAUGUGUUUAUUGGGCACAGAAUGGAGAACAUCUCUCUGGAUAUUUUAAUGCAUCGUAUGCACGACUUGAAUGUCUCUACAUUCAGUGCAUUUGGUCGUCGUGUGAAGAAAACAUGGCCAGAAAGAUUUGGAAAGAACAACUUCAAUUCAACAUUUGUAAUUCGUGAGAUCCUUGCAGGGCGUCUAAUCUGUGAUAUCGCUAAUGAGAUGGGACAAUCCUUAACUAUGAAGUGUCAAUCUUGGGAUCUUUCUGAGAUGUAUGACGUUGUCUGCAAAAAGAAGCAUAUACCGUUGGAGAUCAACUUGUCCAGUCCACAGUAUCAAGAAAAUGCAAACUCUUUGUUCAUGGCUUUGAAAGAGAAUUGUACUAAUGCUUUGAUCACCGCAGAGGUUGCUUUCAGGGUUCAAAUUUUGUCUUUAUCUAAACAAUUGACAAAUCUAGCUGGUAAUGCUUGGAGUCACACAUUAGGUGGUACUAGAGCUGGUCGUAAUGAGUAUAUUUUGUUGCACGAAUUCACCAGAAAUGGUUACAUCGUUCCAGAUAAAGAAACCAAACAGGCCAAACUUCAAUACCAACAAAUGUUACAACAACAAAGGGCUGAGAAUGAAGAUGGUGAAGAGAAUCAACUUCAAUCAGCUAAUAAGAAGGCCAAAUACCAAGGAGGUUUGGUGUUUGAGCCGGAGAAAGGUUUACACAAGAACUACAUUCUUGUUAUGGAUUUCAACUCCUUGUAUCCAUCUAUUAUUCAAGAAUUCAAUAUCUGUUUCACCACAGUGGAUCGUGAUUUGCAAAACACAGAUGCGUUACCAGAGGUUCCUUCUCAGAACAUCAAGCAAGGUGUCUUGCCUCGGUUGUUGAAUACAUUGGUUUCUCGUCGUCGUGAAGUGAAGAAGUUGUUAAAGGAUCCAAGUGCUACACCAGUAGAGAGAGCUCAGUAUGACAUUAAGCAGCAGGCCCUGAAGCUCACGGCCAACUCUAUGUAUGGUUGUUUGGGUUAUGUUAACUCUCGUUUCUAUGCCAAACCUUUGGCAAUGCUUGUUACCAACAAAGGUCGUGAGAUUUUGAUGGAUACUAGACAACUUGCUGAAAGCAUUGGACUUCGUGUGGUUUACGGUGACACAGACUCCGUUAUGAUCGAUACUGGUUGUAACACUUUCCAAGAAGCCAUAAAGAUUGGAGAAGACUUCAAAUUGAAGGUCAAUGAGAGGUAUAGAUUGCUUGAAAUUGAUAUCGAUAACGCGUUCAGAAGGUUGUUGUUGCACGCCAAGAAGAAGUAUGCAGCUUUGAAUGUCACAUUUGAUAAAGCAGGUGUUGAGACUCAUGCGCUGGAAGUUAAAGGUCUUGAUAUGAAACGUCGUGAGUACUGUCCUCUUUCGAAGGAAGUUUCCACGUAUGUCUUGGAUAAGAUCCUUAGUGAAGAAGACUCUGAAACUUCUCUGAACGAGGUCUAUGCCUAUUUGGAAGACAUCGCAUCUCAGGUGAAGGAGAAUAAGAUUAGAGCUGAGAAGUUCAAAAUCAACACCAAGCUGUCUAAGGAUCCAAGUGCUUAUCCUGGUGGUAAGAACAUGCCUGCUGUCCAAGUUGCUAUGAGACUGAAGGAUCAAGGUAAAAUCAUCAAAGCUGGUAGUGUUAUAACCUUUGUCAUUACUAGUGGCAAGGAAGGCUCGGUUGCAGAAAGAGCUAGAGCAUUGACAGAGUUGUUACGCAAAGACUCUACUUUGAAGCCAGAUCCACAGUACUACUUGGAGAAGCAGAUCUUAGCACCUGUUGAGAGACUCGUUGAGAGAAUUGAAGGAAUUGAUCUCACAAGACUUGCGAAAUCAUUAGGCAUUGAAAGACAUAGAAGUUAUCAAACCCAUGGCCACGCUGCUGAUGUAUUCCAACCCCUGGAGUCGACGAUCUCUGAUGCAGAGAGGUUUAAGCAAUGCGACCAUCUAUUCAUCCAGUGUUCUUGUGGCGUCGCCUUCCCAUUUGGAGGUAUUGUCUCAUCUAAGGAUUAUUCCAUAACCUUUAACGGUAUUCAAUGCUCUCGUUGUUCUCAUCAAUUCACACCACUACAAAUCUCAAGUCAACUGGAACACAGAAUCAGAGCAUUUAUUUCCCAUUACUACGAAGGCGUUGUUAUAUGCGAUGAUUCCACUUGCGGAUUGACAACAAAGCAGAUCUCAGUCUAUGGUAAGAGAUGCUUGAACAGUGGCUGUAAAGGUGUUAUGCGUUAUCGUUAUAGUGAUAAGGCUCUGUACAACCAGCUGUUAUUCUUUGAUUCCUUGUUUGACGUCGAGAAGAACAAAUCUCAACUGCUGAGACCUCUAUACGACACUGCAGACAAAUCCCAACCCGAUGCAUUGAGCAAAGGUCAGAUUGACGCGCUAUGCGAACAGAACCGUGACUUGUUCACCGUUUGGAGAGGUAUCUCUCAAAAGUAUCUAAACGACUGUGGUCGUCGUUACGUUGACAUUGGCAGUAUCUUCGAUUUUAUGAACUGAGGAAGCACAUGUGUGUAUUUUUAAGUAUUUACGUUUCUAUACCAAACAACUAAUUCAUUGUCAU